UCCGGCGCAAGGGGCAGGCGGCGCGGCUGACGCGUUUUGCGCAUUUCCUGAAGCUCUCGCUCACUCAGCAGCAGCAUUCAGAGGGACGGGAAACAAGGGGGCGCGCGCCUAUACCCACAAGAAAAAAAAAGACGGGGGGGGGAGGAGGACAAGCGAGGAUCAUUUCGCUUGCUAUUGAGCCCGCGAGAAAGGCUCCCUCCGAAUACCGAAUCGCUACGGAGAACCGCCAACACAUAUCUGUGUAGUGCUAGCGGCAGAUUGGAGGAGAUUAUCCCCCAGGAGCUCAAGCCGCGGCGGCUGCAGGGAACAGAGCGCGGAUCCCGGAUGGCUAGGCGCGGCUCCUCGCGCUCCCUCCCACCCAGACCCGGGAGGUAGGCUACACACGCUCGGCCCGGAGAUCGGGGGGAAUCUCCAAUGCUCCCAUGAUCACGUUUGGUUAUCUCCGCCCUCCGCAGUCUGAGAUGUUCGAGCAGCUGUCGUGGUCUCCCGCAGAACACCGUGUCUGUGAUACGCUUGUAUCACGCUCACUCUCCACGGAGCCGAUGGCAUUUUGGGAUGUAGCAGAGCGGUGCUGUUUAACCAGCCGUCUGAUGCAGUGACUGCUCUCAGUGAAGCCUCUAUCGGAAGGAAAGACGAGAGAGGAAAGACGUGGUUUGUAGGAAACCAAGCCAACUUACUCUCCCUGGCUCUCUCUCUCUCUCUGGCUCUGUCUCUGUCACACACAAACACACACACACACACACACACACACACACACACCCUCCUCUACCCACACAGACUCAAACGCAGAGAGGACACCAGGAGUGUGUGCAGCCAUGCCCGUGUUCAGUGGACUGCUCAAGGUGCGGGUGUGCGAGGCGGUAGACCUCAAACCCACCGCCUGGGCCCUGCGACAUGCCGUGGGCAAGAGUGGCUCCUUCCUGCUGGACCCCUACCUGGCCCUCAACCUGGACCACAGCCGGCUGGGCCAGACGGCCACCCGGACCAAGACCAACAGCCCCGCGUGGAACCAGGAGUUCUGUAGCGAGGUGCGGGAGGGCCGCAGCCUGGAGCUGUCCGUGUUCCACGACGCGCCCAUCGGCUACGACGACUUUGUGGCCAACUGCACCAUCCAGCUCGAGGACCUGCUGCAGAACGGGACGCGCCACUUUGAGGACUGGAUCGACCUGGAACCAGAGGGGCGGGUGUACGUGGUCAUCGAUCUAUCUGGCUCCUCCACUGAGGCCUCGGGGACCAAUGAGAGCGAGGAGCGGGUGUUCCGCGAGCGAGUUGGACCGCGGCGGAGGCAGGGGGCGGUCCGACGGCGUGUCCAUCAAGUCAACGGCCACAAGUUCAUGGCCACCUACCUGAGACAGCCCACCUACUGCUCCCACUGCAGGGACUUCAUCUGGGGGGUGCUGGGGAAGCAGGGGUACCAAUGUCAGGUGUGUACGUGUGUGGUCCACAAACGCUGCCACGAACUGAUCAUUACCAAGUGUGCUGGGAUGAAGAAGCAGGAGGAUACGCCGGAGGAAGUGGGGUCCCAGCGCUUCAGCGUCAACAUGCCCCACAAGUUCAGCAUCCACAACUUCAGGGCGCCCACCUUCUGCGACCACUGUGGCUCCCUGCUGUGGGGGCUUAUGCGGCAGGGUCUGCAGUGCAAGGUGUGUAAGAUGAACGUCCACCGUCGGUGUGAGAGCAACGUGGCGCCCAACUGCGGCGUGGACGCCCGCGGCAUCGCCAAGGUGCUCGCCGACCUGGGGGUCACCCCCGACAAGAUCUCCAACACGGCGCAGCGCAGGAGAAAGCUGCCUCCAGGACAGGAGCCCCCCCAGUCCCCCCCGGAGCUGUCCCAAACUGGGGACGACAGCUUCAGCCUGCCAGCCGUCCCUACCUCCCCCUCGCAGCAGGACCUGACGGAGCUGGAGCGCCUCAACAAGGCGCUGUCCCUGGAUCAGCCGGGCGUAGGCGACACCACCUCCCAGUCCUCCUCCGCCUACUCCUCCUCCUCGUCCUCGUCGGCAGGCGGCCGGGAGAACGGACAGGGCCAGAGGAGGACCCUCAAGGACUUCAGCUUCAUCAAGGUCCUGGGCAAGGGCAGCUUCGGCAAGGUGAUGCUGGCCGAGCUGAAGGGCACGGAGGAGGUGUUUGCGGUGAAGGUGCUGAAGAAGGACGUCAUCCUGCAGGACGACGACGUGGACUGCACCCUGACGGAGAAGCGCAUCCUGGCCCUGGCUCGCAAGCACCCUUACCUCACCCAGCUCUACUGCUGCUUCCAGACACGGGACCGGUUGUUCUUCGUGAUGGAGUAUGUGAACGGCGGGGACCUGAUGUUCCAGAUCCAGCGCUCCAGAAAGUUUGACGAGCCGCGCUCGCGCUUCUACGCCGCCGAGGUCACCUCCGCCCUCAUGUUCCUGCACCGCAACGGGGUCAUCUACAGGGACCUGAAGCUGGACAACAUCCUGCUGGACGCCGAGGGCCACUGUAAGCUGGCCGACUUCGGCAUGUGUAAGGAGGGCAUCCUGAACGGGGUCACCACCACCACCUUCUGCGGCACCCCCGACUACAUUGCCCCCGAGAUCCUCCAGGAGCUGGAGUACGGUGCGUCGGUGGACUGGUGGGCGCUGGGGGUCCUGAUGUACGAGAUGAUGGCGGGCCAGCCGCCGUUUGAGGCCGACAACGAGGACGACCUGUUUGAGUCCAUCCUCCACGACGACGUGCUCUACCCCGUCUGGCUCAGCAAAGAGGCCGUGUCCAUCCUCAGAGCGUUCAUGACUAAGAACCCGGCCAAGCGGCUGGGCUGUGUUGUGAGCCAGGGCUGUGAGGAGGCCAUCAAGACCCACGCGUUCUUCAGGGAGAUUGACUGGGUGCUGCUGGAGCAGAGGAAGGUCAAGCCCCCCUUCAAACCACGCAUCAAGACAAAGCGCGACGUGAACAACUUUGACCAGGACUUCACGAAAGAGGACCCGGUGCUGACGCCCACUGAUGAGGUCAUCGUGCGGCAGAUCAACCAGGAGGAGUUCAAGGACUUCUCUUACUGCGCGCCCGACCCCGAGACACAGACUUAGCCCGGACACACACACACACACACACACACACACACACACACACACACACACACACACACACACACACACACACA